UUCCAAGAUACAUCAUGGCCCGUCCCCUACUAUCUCCGAUUAUUUUGCUCUUCAUAGUAUCCACCCUAUUUCGCUUAUCUGCCAGUAAUCAUGAUGCGGUAGGUUAUAGAGCAUUUGAGGAGAAAUCGUACUACCUCGGUACCACGUUCAAGUUAAACUGGCAUAAGGCAUCCGCUUUUUGUCGAUCGCAAGGACUCUUCCUGGUAUCGAUCAACAGCCAGUCACAGCUAGAUGGAGUCAUUGAGUACAUCAAGAAAAGUGGAUUCUUUACUGCGAACGAAAGCAACAUCCAACUGUGGACAUCGGGCAAUGAUUUGGGAGAGCAAAACCAAUUCCUCUGGACGUCGACCGGUGAGAGGAUCACGUUUGAUCGGUGGACUCAGGGUGAACCAAACCACGGCCGGGUGAACGAUUGUACAGUGGAGCGUUGCGUGGUGCUGCAGCACUAUCAAAACGGUCUCGGUGCUACCUAUUCGUUCGAUGAUAGACCAUGCGAAAAGGAAUACUUUUUCAUGUGCGAGUCGUUAGAUGGUUAGAGUGCGGGAUAGCUUGUUAUAGUGGUAAAAGGGGAUUUAGUUAUCAUAAUUCCCAUCUUUAAUGAGAAAUCAAAAAGUGCAAAUUUCAAUGUUCGAAUUAAGUGCGUAUUCUGUAGACCGUCCGACUGAACAUUAUAAAAUAAAAAAGUUUACGGUUCCACUGGGCCGUAUACAAUGCAAAGCAA